AGUGUUUUUAAAAGGAAAAAAAAAAAACGAGGGAGGAUUGAGCUUUAGAUAGUGUAGUAAGUUGACAUCGCAGAUUGAAAAGGGAUAGAGAAGAAGAUGACGAUGACGAUGAAGCAAGGGCUUCUAACGUGGAGCCCUUGUCAAUGGCCUCACUCGCUCUCUAGGGUUUCUUACUCAUCUCUCAAGGCACCUAAAUCCGUCAAGCCCAAUUCAUUUUUCAAAAUCUCUGCUUCGAUCAAUGGCGCGCAGCUCAAUGCAGGUGGUUCUAUUGGAGAAGAUAAAGUUCUUCUGCAGUCAUUGCUACCGGAAAACGAUCACAAGGAAAGACUGCUCUCUACUUUCAUAGUCACAAAUGCCAUAAUGUUUGCUAAACCUCUGCAAGCACUAGCUGAAACAUGUGAAGCUAAUAAUUCUGUUUUCGAUAUGAAUAUGCCGUUGCUGCUUUUCUUUUCCCUCAUAGGGGCCACUGUUGGAGGGCUUCUUGCACGGCAGAGGAGAGGCGAACUACAGCGAUUGAAUGAACAGCUGCGCCAGAUUAACUCUGCUCUGAGAAGGCAAGCUAAAAUUGAAUCUUAUGCCCCCAGUUUGAGUUAUGCUCCUAGCGGGCGCAUUGCAGAGAACGAAGUGAUUGUUGAUUCGAGGAAGCAAGAUUUGAUUUCCCGUCUGAAAAAUGGGAAGAAUUUCCUUAGGAAUCAAGAUCCAGGGAGGGCGUUUUCUGAAUUUAAGACGGCACUUGAGCUUGCCGAGAAUCUUGAAGAUUCAAUUGAAGCAAAAAAGGCAGCAAGAGGCUUAGGGGCGUCACUGCAAAGGCAGGGCAAGUAUCGGGAUGCCAUCAAGUACCACUCCAUGGUUUUGGAAAUCUCGCAAAGGGAAGGAGAGGAGUCUGGAAAUACAGAAGCAUACGGUGCAAUAGCUGAUUGUUACACCGAGCUCGGAGAUCUCGAGAAAGCUGCGAAAUACUAUGAUCAGUAUAUUGCGAGGUUACAGUCUGACUGAUCUUUCAAUUCCUGUAAUCUGUCUUGCGUUUUGGUUGCGGAUGUAAUGCAUAGUUGAGUUUGUAUGGACAAUAAAUUUUGUUGUAGAUGUAAUCUGCUUGUAUCUUUGACCUCCUGAUUUGAUUCUAAUAAACACCUCAACAGAUUAGUUUUU